AUGAUCGCCAAAGCUUACGAACACCCCGUUGAUGGGCACACCGUCCUACCAGUUCUUCGUCCUUUCCUCCCCGACAGUCUUCCCUUGUACCGCCGUCUACAAUUCCCGUACCGAACUCAAAGCUCCUAUGUGGUAGCUACAAUUCCGCCGCCAGACAUUCUAGCAGAAGACGCAGCUGGAAAAGUGCCUCAAUGCUUCGCCGUAGCCUUCCUCGACCGCUCCCGACGUCCCGAAACCGAGCUCUGGAUUUUCCUUAGCGGGCAGGUGCCAGGGCGAUGCAGCGGCCCCCCGGGUGACGGCAACAGCUGUCCUGCGUGCAAAGAAGCUGUUCUAGCAACCCUGCGGCACAUCAGCACUCUCCCACUCCCCGAACCCGUCGGCCCUGCCCUCGCCUCGGCCACUGAAAACGGGACCACUGAUACAACCUCGCAAGAGGAACACCUCCGCCACCGCGACUCGUCGUUCCCCGUCUCGUCGUACCUCUCCCACCUCGCGUAUCCGUCUAUCCUCCUCCUCGGCGCCGCGCACGAUCUUCCGGUACGCAUCCUAGAGCAGGCCAACCUUAUACGUACCGAGUGGCCGGGGAUAGGUAUCCCCUACCUGAAAUACAUCUUCCGGCUCUCAGAUCUCCCUCCGCCGCAUGAGCUGCCGCAGGAUCUUCGAUGGGGCGAGGUCAGAGGCCAGGACUGCGCGCUUGUGCAGGCCAGGAGCGCGAUUCCGAGGACUGUGGAUACGAUUAUGCGGAUGCCGAGUGUGGCGGUCUUCUCCUCUUCCUCCUCGUCCUCCCAGGACGGCAUGAGAUCUGUGGAUGAGAGGCAUCGAGCAGGGGGUGAGCAGCUGGUAGCGUGGGCAUUCAUGGGGCUGGAUGGCUCACUGACGGCGUUGCAUGUGGAGGCGGGGUUUAGGGGCCGGGGACUUGCGAAAGCGGUUGUGGGAAGGCUGUUUAGAGAGCAUUUGAAGGUAUUUGGAGAGAUCGGGCUAGAAGACAAGGGGUGGGCGCAUUCGGAUGUGGCGGUCGAGAAUUGGGAGAGCAGGGGCGUUGCGAAGAGCUUGGGUGGUACUGAAGGAUGGGAGGUUUUCUGGGUUAGAGUUGAUCUAGAGAAGAUAGAGAGACGAGCUGGCGGUUAG